AAUUAUUAGAAGCCAGUCGGCAAAUACCAUCGAAACAACGCGGAACUAACAGUAACUAGUUCGAAAACUCGGAAGUUCUUAAGUUUAACUGUCUUACUGGGCUUUUGCCUUCUUAGUUCAAGCGCGCUGGCGAAGUGUAAGAUUUUGUACUGUGUUUGCGUAAAGUUUGAAUGUGAGUCGGAAAAAAACAAAUAAUAAAUAAAAAUUAUACUAAAAAAUAAAUAAAUAAAAAAAGCAAACAACGGAACGGAACGUAUUUAAAAAGAAAACCAAUAUAUUGUGUGAUAAGUGUUUCCAAUACAGGAGUAAUAAAGUGUUUUUUUAAAACUUGAACAAUUUUUUAUAUUUGAGGAGACUUCGAAAUACCAUUUGGAGCUAAAAUGUAUUCCAGCUGAUUUUUUCCUGUUACUAUGCGAAGAGGAACACAUUUUCAACGGUGUUGCUAGAAGCUGAAACGUGGCAACAAUAAAAGUGCGGAGAGUGUACUGUGUUUAAGAAAUAUAAUCAGAACAAUUAAGUGACAAUUGUAUUCAAUUAGAAGUGCAAAAUUUCAGUAAAAUUCCCAACAACUGUGAUCGUACAAAUAUAAAAAAUAUACAUAAAAUUUACACAUAUUCGUAUAAAUAUAUUACAUACAUAUAAUAUAAAAUAAUAGCAAAUAAAGUUAAACUAAAAAUAGUAAAUUCAAUUAACACCGCGCACACACAAAACAUACACACAAAAUGACGCUGGAAUCUCACGGUAAACUGCUGAAAGAGCGCGUUAAGCCCAUCGAUAUACAAUUCAAGGAUCUAAGCUAUCAAGUUCAAGUUCAAAAAGUGAAGAAAACCAUAUUGAAAGGAAUUUCGGGUACAUUCCGUUCUGGCCAACUGACGGCGAUUAUGGGGCCCUCGGGAGCGGGCAAGUCGAGUUUGAUGAAUAUUUUAACAGGCCUAACGACAAAAGGUGUCAACGGUAAUAUACAGUUUGGAGACUCACCAACUAAAUCGCGUAAACUCUGUUGUUAUAUAAUGCAAGAUGAUCAUUUUCAUUCAUGGUUUACCGUUGAGGAGACAAUGCUGCUGGCGGCUCAAUUGAAAAUCUCUAACGAUUCGAUGAACAUGAAGGAGAAGAAAAUGCUGAUUGAACAUUUAUUGGACACCCUCAAGUUAUCGCAGACCAAAUCAACACGCGCUGGAAACCUAUCUGGCGGCCAAAAGAAACGCUUAUCCAUCGCCUUGGAGUUAAUAGAUAAUCCAGCGGUGCUAUUUUUGGAUGAGCCAACAACUGGCUUGGAUAGCUCAGCAUCUUCUGACACAAUACAGUUACUACAAACCUUGGCCAAUGAGGGACGCACAAUCGUUUGUACAAUUCAUCAACCCUCGUCACAUGUUUAUAGUCUAUUCAAUCAAAUUUAUGUGCUGAGUCAAGGUUGCUGUACGUACCAGGGUACGCCGCAUAAUACAAUUGAGUUUUUAAGAACGGUCGGUUUGGAAUGUCCGACUUAUCACAAUCCAGCUGAUUUUCUGCUGGAGUGCGUGAAUGGCGAUUAUGGCGAUCACACUGAUGACUUAGCCACUGCUGCCCGGCAGCCUAAAUGGCGAUAUGAUUAUGAUGCGGAGCAACCGCAACACUUGGACGGUUUAAAUGGCGUACAAAUCGUGAAAAUGAUGGAGUCUAAACGGGGUGGAGUAAAGCAACUAUCCCCAUCGAUAACACCACCAAUAUCUGCCACAAAACAUGUUUACCCGCCGCCGGAAUGGAUGCGUCUGUGGCUGCUAAUCGGUCGUUGUCAUGUGCAGUUUUUCCGCGAUUGGACGGUGACCUACUUAAAAUUGGCUGUGCAUAUUAUUUGUGCUAUACUGAUUGGACUGCUAUACGGCGAUUCCGGUUCAAAUGCGACAAAGCAGAUUGCAAAUUUAGGUUCAUUCACAAUACACAAUACUUAUUUAUGGUAUACGACAAUGAUGCCGGGCCUAUUGAGAUUCCCUCAAGAAAUCAGCAUAGUCAAAAAGGAAACUUUCAACAAUUGGUAUAAAUUACGAACGUAUUAUAUGGCGACACUGAUAACGUCUACACCAGUGCACAUCAUAUUCUCCAUGACAUAUAUCACCAUUGCCUACCUGAUGACCGAUCAGCCAUUCGAAAUUGAACGUUAUGCUAAAUUCAUGUUGACAGCUGUCGUGGUGACGAUAUGCGCCGAUGGACUGGGUGUGCUAUUAGGCACUAUAUUGAAUCCGAUUAACGGUACAUUUGUGGGUGCUGUCUUGACUUGCUUCAUGUUGAUAUUUUCCGGUUUCCUUAUACUGCUCACACAUAUGUCGAGCUUAAUGCGCUUGCUAUCGUACUUAUCACCAAUUCGUUAUGCGCUCGAGAGCAUGGUCCUGGCGAUAUAUUCUAAUAAUCGUGGGAAUAUUUAUUGCCCAAUGGAUGUGGUGUAUUGCCAUUUCAAAAAUGCCAGCACAGUGCUACGCAGUUUCGGUAUGGAAAAUGGAAAUUUCGGCAUGAAUAUAUUAAUAAUGUUUCUGCAGUUGUCGACUUUUAAAGGAUUGGCUUAUGUUAUGCUCAAGCGAAAACUGCGAGCGUAA